GUGUCCCUCGGAGCCGAAGAUGUCGGCUCGAUCAUGUGAUCAGCUGUGUCCAAUCACAGCUGAUCACAUCAGUGCCACCUGUCAGUGUCCAUCAGUGCCAGCUGUCAGUGCUCAUCCAUGCCACCUGCCAGUGCCCAUCAGUGCCACAUCCAUGCCACAUCCGUGCCUAGCAGUGCACAUCAAUGUCACAUAUCAGUGCCCAUCUGAGCUGACUUUCAGUGUUACCCAUCAGUGCCACCUAUCAAUGCCAGUCAGUGCCGCCCGUCAGUGCCGCCCGUCAGUGCCGCCCGUCAGUGCCGCCCGUCAGUGCCACGCGUCAGUGCCACGCGUCAGUGCUGCCCAUCAGUGCCACGCGUCAGUGCUGCCCAUCAGUGCCACGCGUCAGUGCUGCCCAUCAGUGCCACGCGUCAGUGCUGCCCAU